GGCCACAGAAAGUUACUUAGGGACACAGAAACGUUACUUAGGGCCACAGAAUCGUUACUUAGGGACACAGAAUUGUUACUCAGGGACACAGAACUGUUACUCAGGGACACAGAACUGUUACUCAGGGACACAGAACUGUUACUCAGAGACACAGAACUGUUACUAAGGGACACAGAACUGUUACUCAGGGACAGACACAGAAUUGUUACUCAGGGACACUUAACUGUUACUCAGGGACACAGAACUGUUACUCAGGGACACAGAACUGUUACUCAGGGACAGACACAGAAUUGUUACUCAGGGACACAGAACUGUUACUCAGGGACACAGAACUGUUACUCAGGGACACAGAACUGUUACUCA